AUGGGAGAAACUGGAACAGAAGAUUCAAUUAAUUUUGCUGCAAAAAAUGGAAAUCUUGAAAUUAUUAAAUAUUUACAUGAAUUAGGGUAUAAAGGGACAGAAUGGACAAUUACUUGUGCUGCUAAAAAUGGUCACCUUGAAGUAGUAAAAUAUUUACAUGAAUUAGGUUAUAAAGGAGAUGAUUGGACAAUUACUUGUGCUGCUAAAAAUGGUCACCUUGAAGUUGUAAAAAAUUUACAUGAAUUAGGUUAUAAAGGAGAUGAUUGGACAAUUUAUUGUGCUGCAGAAAAAGGAAACCUUGAAAUAUUAAAAUAUUUACAUGAAAUAGGGUAUGAAUAUUAUGAUUUGACAAUUUAUUCUGCUGCAAAAAAUGGUCACCUUGAAAUUAUUAAAUAUUUACAUGAAAUAGGUUAUAAAGGAGAUGAAUGGACAAUUCAUUGUGCUGCAAUGAAUGAUCACCUUGAAAUAUUAAAAUAUUUACAUGAAUUAGGGUAUGAAUGUUAUGAUUGGACAAUUGAUUGUGUUGCUGAAAAUGGUCACCUUGAAAUAUUAAAAUAUUUACAUUCUAUAGGAUAUAGAGUAACAGAAUCGACAAUUACUUGUGCUGCAAUGAAUGAUCACCUUGAAGUAGUUAAAUAUUUACAUUCAUUAGGUUAUAAAGGAAAAAAAGAUGCAGUUUAUUGUGCUGCAAUGAAUGAUCACCUUGAAGUAGUAAAAUAUUUAAUUGAAUUAGGAUAUGAAUGUGAUGAAUUGAUAUUUAAUUAUGCUCGAAGUAAAGGAAAAAAUGCUGAACAACUUCUUAAAGUAUUAAUAGAUUUACAUUCUAUUGGAUAUAAAGGUACGGAAAAAGCAAUUUUUCAUGCUAAAUUAGCUGGUUACCUUGAAGCAUUUGAAUAUUUACGUUCAAUAGGACAUAGAUACAGUUGA